AUGUCGUCUAAUCCAGAUGAUAUUUUCACCAUCGAUACAAAACUUAAAUUCAUGUUUUGGACCAUGGGAUCUUUGUUAAUGUAUGUCUUUUAUGAUUCUUCUAAGGAAGGGAUUCGUGAUAGAACAAUGUAUUACAAAACUUCAGCUACGGCAAUUACAGGAUAUAUGAAGGAUAUGGGAAGGACGUCUGUUGUUCAACUAUCAGAGAAUUUGUUUUUAUUCAGUGGGAGUAAUUGGCUAGGAAAUGGGAAAUUUAUUGCUGGUAAAAAAUCAGUACAGACUACUCAGAUGUCAAUUGUUGUUAACUAUAACGAUUACUUCAAAGAUAUUAAAGAAUUUCCAUUUGAUAGAAAUUGGAUUGCAAGCGUAAAUGAUUUUAUUGGUAGUGAAUUAGAUCAAAAUGACGUUGCAUUAAUGAAGAGAGAAAAUCCAUUGCUUAUUGAGGAAGAUAUUGAAUAUGGUAAGCUCAUCCAUGAAAAAACAGACCAAUUUCACCAACAUCAAAUGAGUGUGAUUAUGAGAGACGAAUCUUCAAAACGUUCAUCUUCAAGUUCAGGCGUGACCUUUCGAUGGAGGUUCGACUUCCAUUACUUUUUUGCUAGUAAAUUAAGAGAACAAUAUACUAAAACCCUUCGCUCCUCAUAUCUUGAAAGAGCUAAACAGAUUGAAGAGUCUAAUGAAGAAUCAGACGAUAUUGAUGAUGCAGAUGAGUUACUUUUAACACCUCCAGCUGCUGGAUACUUUCAAUCCAAAACUAGUUAUGAUGAUUCAUAUUCAAGUACAGGGAAAGAAGAGCAUCCAAGAUCAAAAAUUAAAUAUCCAGAAAUAUCAACUGGUGGACAAAGUAGUGUUUGGUUUGGGCUUGGUAGGAAUACUUCACCAUUUGUAUACACUACUUCAGAAUAUAUCUAA